UACGGAUUGGGGGCUGAAAGAGCUGACUUCCAAAAGCCACCCAAAUUAAUAAACACCUAGUAAUAGUUGACUCUCUGAGCAGAUCUUACUUAGUCCGCACCUCCCCGCCUAAAAGCUCAUAGAGCUAUUAGCUAUAUAAGGGAGAUCAGAGAUCUCGUAGCACUUACACCACUAUGGAGAUGGAGUUCGAGAGCUGGCAGCACCCGCCCAGCACCAAGCAGAAAAGGGGCUACGCGUCCAAGUUCCGAUUGUCGUGCGACAGCUGCUCCAAGUCCAAGGUGCGCUGCAAUCACGAGCGGCCAUCCUGCCAGCGCUGCCACCAGGCCGGCAUCCGCUGCGUAUACAGCGUCUCGCGGCGGACGGGAAAGCCACCGAAGUCCGCCAGGAAUAACGAGGACGAGGUUGGAGUUGUCCAGAAACGCCCGGAUCCUGUGGCCAGGAGCAUUUCCGUGGCCGUCCAGACCGAGAGCUCGACUCCAGCAACGAUGGCCCCAGCGACGGCGCCGACUGCAUCAACAAACCCGUUACACCGCAGCAGCGAGAGCACGCUGGACGUCUUCUUUAACUAUGACAUGCCUGACGUGGGGCUCUCGUCCCACUUUCUCUCCGAAGACCUGAGGUUCGAUGAUGUUCCCAACGACCACGACGACCUCGACCAGCUAGUUCAAGCCCACGGCUUCAGCGAGCAGAUGAUCAACGACGAACUGGGGCUGUGGAAUCUGAACUCGACCGCCCAUAGCCCGCUUAACGGUGUGAACGAGAGGCCCAGCGAGAGGCCGACAUGUCAUUCCGUACUCCCACCGUCAGAGAAGACCGGACAGAUCAAUGAGAAUGCACCGUGUAUGCAGCUCACAUCAUCCACGCUGCAAAGCCUCUCCAUGCCUUUCAGGUUCUGCACCACCGUUCCCAGCGUCGUGCCUCCUAUUGUCACUAUUGACCGAAUACUCGACACUGGCCGCCAGGCCAUAACCUCGCUAUAUACAUUGCUGCAGUGCACUUGCGCCCAGAGUUGCAGCUCAUCUAUGUCAAAUGCGCUCAUCAUCCUCAAGAUCCUCGACUCCUACGAUGCCAUCGCUCGCUCGCCCCCUUCCACCCCUAUCCCGGCAAUGAACGACACCAGCACCAGCAGCAACAGUAAGAAGAACGGUAUACAAGAAAGCAUACCAGACUCGCAGCCGGCGUCCACCUUCACGCUGGCCGGACAGAGCAUGGUCCUCGAGACGCCUAUAAAGAUCGGCAUGUUCACAAUCCACCGGGAGGACGAGCGCCGGCUUAUUCUGCAUCUUCUGCUCAGCGAGCUGCGCCGGGUGGAGCGGGUGGUCGAGGCGUUUGGGCGCCGGUAUGGCGGCGAUGUUUUUCAUGGCGCACUGGAGCAGUUCCUGCGCUCGCGCGUCCAUUCCAUGAGGGACGAUCUGGACGGUAUCCUCUCGCGGGAGUAGGCAUUGCAUUAGAUAGCAUUAGCAUUGGUAUUAGAAUAACCUAUUAGGACGUGAA